AGAAGACGGACACAUCUGGUCACGUGGGUCCGCCUGCUGUCACAACAGCUAGCUUGCACCGGGGCUAACGUCCCCGAAUAAAAGUCGUCUUGUGUCAAAAUGGAUGUAAGUCAGGCCAAACAGGAACAUCUGCUCGCAUUAAAAGUGAUGCGACUGACAAAACCAACUCUGUUUACCAACCUGCCGGUGACGUGUGAAGAGCGAGAUCUACCAGGCGACCUGUUCGGGCGCCUCAUGCAUGACGACCCGUCCACCAUCAAAGGCGCAGAGACGCUAAUGCUGGGCGAGAUGCUAACACUGCCGCAGAACUUCGGGAACAUCUUCCUGGGCGAGACCUUCUCCAGCUACAUCAGCGUUCACAACGACAGCAGUCAGGUGGUUAAGGACAUUCUGGUCAAGGCCGACCUGCAGACCAGCUCGCAAAGACUCAAUCUAUCGGCGUCCAACUCGGCCGUGGCCGAACUCAAACCCGAGUGUUGCAUCGACGACGUCAUCCACCACGAAGUCAAAGAGAUCGGAACACACAUCCUGGUAUGCGCCGUGAGCUACACAACACAGUGCGGCGAGAAGCUCUACUUCCGCAAGUUCUUCAAAUUCCAGGUUCUCAAGCCCCUGGACGUCAAGACAAAGUUCUACAAUGCCGAGAGCGACCUCAGUUCUGUGACGGACGAGGUGUUCCUCGAGGCCCAGAUCCAGAACAUCACCACGUCGCCCAUGUUCAUGGAGAAGGUGUCGCUGGAGCCGUCCAUGAUGUACAACGUGACCGAGCUCAACACCGUCACGCACCAAGACCACGGGGAGUCGACUUUCGGCAAGAUGUCGUACCUGCAGCCCAUGGAUACGCGCCAGUACCUCUACUGCCUGAAGCCCAAGCCCGAGUACGCCGAGAAGGCCGGCGUCAUCAAGGGCGUCACCGUGAUCGGGAAGCUGGACAUCGUUUGGAAGACCAACCUGGGGGAGAGGGGACGACUGCAGACCAGUCAGCUGCAGAGGAUGGCUCCAGGCUACGGAGACAUCCGUCUGUCCAUGGAGGUCAUUCCCGACACGGUCAACCUGGAAGAACCUUUUGACAUCGCAUGCAAGAUCACUAACUGCAGCGAAAGGACCAUGGAUCUCCUUGUGGAGAUGAUGAACACGUCGUCCGUCCACUGGUGCGGCGUGUCGGGCCGAGCUCUAGGCAAACUGAGCCCCGGGGCGUCACUCUCGCUGCCCCUCACGCUGCUGGCGUCCGUCCAGGGUCUCCAGAGUAUUUCCGGUUUGAGGCUUACAGACUCGUUCCUGAAGCGUACGUACGAGUACGACGACGUGGCUCAAGUGUGCGUGGUUUGUCCAUCCUAGCGACUUUUAAAUUAUUUUUUUUUUUUUACAAGCUUUACAAUGGACCAACAGUGUGCCUCACACUGUGUUUUAAUGCUCAUUCAAAUGGUUGUGAAUAUUGUAAUUUUUUGGGAAAAUAAUGUGAAUAUGUGUUAAUAAACUUGCAGAAUCACGGAGAUUAUGUUAAAACGCA